AUGUCCAAACGUAUCCGUCUUGGCAUUCUCACGCCUUCUUCCAAUACCAGCCUUGAGCCAUUGUCGCAAGCAAUCAUCGCUCAACUUCCCAAUGUCUCCGUCCACUUUUCUCGGUUUACUGUUUUGAAGAUCAGCCUCGAGCAGGAUGCCCUCCAACAAUUUCAAAAUGAAGCAAUCUUAACCGCGGCCAAGCUACUGGCGGACGCCAACGUCGACAUCAUUGGUUGGAGUGGCACUUCGUCUGGGUGGCUAGGCUUUCCCGCCGACAAAGAGCUGUGUGAAAUCAUUACUGCAGCGACGGGUAUCCCCGCUACGACGUCCGUGUUGGCCUUGAAUAAAGCUCUUAAGCUGGUCUCUGCUACAGAACUAGGGCUUGUGACACCAUACAUGGACAACGUACAGGAAGCCAUUAUAAAGACAUACCAGACAAUUGGCGUUGACUGCAGCAAGGAACGACAUCUACAAUUGUCGAAGAACUCUUCAUUUGCCGAUGUCGAAGAGUCUACGCUCGAUGAAAUGGUGGCUGACCUGGCGGGCCGCCAGGUGCAGGUGAUUUCUACUUUCUGUACCAACCUUCGAGCUGCUCAGAGGGUGGAAUACUGGGAAAAGACGCACGGCAUCACGGUGUUAGAUACGGUGAACACAGUCAUUUGGGACAUGUUGUUAUUGUGUGAGAUAGAUCCAACCGCAGUUCAGGGGUGGGGACGGCUGUUCCAAUUGAAAGGAUGA